AUGGGUGAAAAUGAAAAGGCGCAUCAGCUGCCAAAACAGCAACAACCAUCAUCACCGUCCAAAUCAUUAUCUUCCCGCCCGACCACCAUAACACUCCCUCCACGUUCCUUCACCGAAACAUUCUUUUCCAGUGGUCCUCCUGGUACCUUGGGCUUCAGUCCAGGCCCUAUGACUCUUCUCUCUAGCUUCUUCUCAGACUCCGAUGACUGUAAAUCCUUCUCUCAGCUUCUAGCCGGCGCCAUGGCCUCCCCCAAUUUCAAACCUCCUGAUGAAAAGAGCUCCGCCGGUGACAUUAGCAGGCCGGGGAACUUGUCGAUCGUCCCUCCCCAGCCGAUGUUCACGAUGCCGCCGGGACUCAGUCCGGUGGCUCUUCCUGAUUCACCGGGUUUCGGAGUCUUCUCUCCUCAGGGCUUUGGAAUGACACACCAGCAGGCACUAGCACAGGUCACAGCGCAGGCUGCACAAGCCAAUUCAAAUAUGCAUGUUCAACCGGAACAUUCGACACCGGCAAUGUCUUCAACCUUUACAAAUAACUCAGCAGCACACCAGCAACAGCAGAUGGUAAGCUCAGUAGCGGAUUCUAGAGCGACAAUGCAGGAACUGUCUGACUUCUCUCAGCCUGAUCAGAGAUCGGAAUCUUGUUCGCUGGCCGUUGAUAAGCCUGCUGCUGAUGGAUACAAUUGGAGGAAAUAUGGGCAGAAACAGGUGAAAGGAAGUGAGUUUCCUAGAAGUUAUUAUAAAUGUACACAUCCUAAUUGUCCUGUCAAGAAAAAGGUUGAGCGAUCACUUGACGGUCAAGUAACUGAAAUUAUCUACAAGGGGCAACACAACCAUCAGCCACCACAACACAAUAAGCGCGGAAAGGAUACUGGGGGCGUAAAUGGCAAUUCGAACGGUCAGGGGAAUUUUGAAUUAGCUUCCAAAUUUCAAAGUGGAAAUGUCAGCAAAGUGAGAGAUAGGAAAGAUCAGGAAUCCAGUCAAGCUACACCUGAACAUGUAUCUGCGAUGAGUGAUAGUGAGGAAGUUGGAGAUACUGAAACUGGUGGCGGAAUUGAUGAAGAUGAGCCUGAUCCUAAGAGAAGAAGUACAGAGUUUAGAGUGACUGAGCCAGCUUCUUCACAGAGGACUGUAACAGAGCCUAGAAUUAUUGUGCAGACAACUAGUGAAGUUGAUCUCCUAGAUGACGGCUAUAGAUGGCGCAAGUAUGGGCAGAAAGUUGUCAAAGGCAAUCCUUAUCCAAGAAGCUACUAUAAAUGCACAACCCCGGGAUGCAAGGUCCGUAAACAUGUCGAGAGGGCUGCAGCCGACCAUAGAGCCGUCAUAACAACCUAUGAGGGAAAACAUAAUCACGAUGUACCAGCAGCUAAAAAUAGCAGCCACAACACAGUCAAUAGCAAUGCAUCUCAGCUGAAACCACAAACUCUGGAGAAGCAUGCAUCGAACAAUAGAAACAAUCAACAACCUGUAGCACGUCUGCGGUUAAAAGAAGAGCAGAUAACAUAG